AUGGCGCCGUUUUCACCCGUCCUCGCCCCGGUCUCCCUCUUCCUCGCGGUCGUCUCCUCUGCUCUUGCGCUCCAGCUGACGCCGCCUUCUUCGUCUCCGCUGGCGUCCUCCGCCCCCCUCCCGGGAGCUCCAACGCUCGGCUUUGUCUCCUCACCUGUCUCCUCUCCUUCCCUCGUUCUGCCUGCGUCGCGCCCUCCCUUCUCCCACGCCUCCUCUCCUGCGACAUCCGCAGCCGCCGCGUCGACAGGACAGGCUAUCAAUGCGGUCGCGUCUUUCCACAGAGGCGAGCGGAGAUGUGGACGCGACAGUGCGCAGGCCUUCUGCGCCUUCGGUGCCGGACGCAAACAGCAGACAGUCCUCGGCGCGAAGCUUCUGGGAUCCGUCCAGGAAAUCGCCAUGCCUGCUCUCUCCAGCACCAUGAAGGAGGGGAGAAUCGUCACGUGGUCAAAACAAGUCGGCGACCGCGUCGAGCCGGGCGACGUGCUCAUGGUCGUCGAGAGUGACAAGGCCGACAUGGACGUUGAAGCGUUUGACUCUGGCUUUGUGGCAGCGCACCUGGUUAGGGAAGGCGAAGCUGCGCCCGUCGGCGCCACCGUCGCUCUCCUGGCCGAGAAAGAAGAAGACAUUCCUCUGAUCCAGGAAAACGGUCUUUCGCUUCUCCCGUCGCCUGCGUCGGCCCCGCCUUCCUCGGCCUCGUCGCAGGCUGUCACGGAACUUCUGAUGCCGUCCCUGUCUGCGAGUUUGACAACUGCGCAUGUGGCAGUUUGGCGAAAGAAGGAAGGCGACCCCGUCAACAAGGGCGAAGUUCUCUUUGUCGUCGAAAGCGACAAAGCCGAUAUGGACGUCGACGCCCCUCAUGACGGCGUCUUGGCCCACAUCGCAGUCCGUGAAGGAGUGAAAGUCCCUGUGGGGUCUGCGGUCGGCUACCUUGCGCCGAGUGCAGCCGCCGCUGCAGCCUUCAAAAACGCGGGUCUUUUCUCCUCGGCAGCUGCCGCUGAGAAUCCUUCGACGAUGCCCGAAGGCGCCCUCGAAAUCUUCAUGCCUGCGCUCUCUUCGACAAUGACGAGCGGCAAAGUGUCCAAGUGGAACAAGGCUGUCGGUGACGUCGUGCAUGUCGGCGAUACGCUGAUGGUUGUGGAAAGCGACAAGGCCGACAUGGACGUCGAAAGUUUCGAUGAAGGCUACCUCGCCGCCAUUACCGUCGCUGAAGGAGAGUCUGCUCCCGUGGGGCAAACAGUCGCCAUCAUUGUGCCUUCCAAGGAUGAUAUUCCCAAAGUCCAGGAUGCUCUCGAGGCUGCCGCGUCUGCCUCGUCGCUCUCGACGCACACUGCUGUCGCUGCUGCGCCUUCUUCCACGACGCCUUCCCCUGCGUCCUCGGCGGCUUCGUCCUCGGUGCCUGUCUCCCCUCCUAAGGCUGCAAGCGCGCGUGGUGGAGGGAGGACGGAAGCCUUCGCGACGCACGACGCGGCGCUCGCGGGCUGGACGUCUCCGUCUGUGGACCAAGACGUGAAAGAUCAAUUACCAGCGGGAUUGACAGGGAACGAUCUGCAACAGGAGUGGAUGCAGCGAAUCCAGGCGACGCUGCCGACGGCCUUUUCCGUUCUGAAGGAAAACCCGCAGAUUCAAAAGGCUCUCACAGAGAGACUGAACUUGCGAGUUCCCCCGCCCCACACGCUGCGCGUCGCCCCGUCGCCGCCGCCCUACUUGAGGCGAGCAGCCAGCGCAUUCGGACCCGGGACUUCAGGCCCAGCCGACACGCAGGGUAGCGGCGUCGAGCGAAAGGCGCGGGGUGCUGCACGGGAUCCCUCAGGGCAGCCGCUCGCCACAUUUAACGCCGUCGAGCUGGCGAAGAAAAACAAACUCAACUUGGAGGAAGUGAAGGGAACUGGGACGAAUCGACGCAUCACUGUGGCAGACGUGCGUCACCAUUUGCAUCUGCACUCCGACGAAGCUGCCGUUGUAACCUCGAGCAGAGGAGAAAAGGAAGGAAAGAGCGAAAGCUCCGGCGUCCCAGCUGGGUCUGUUCCACUCGACGCAAUGCAGAAGGCCAUUGCCCGGAACAUGGAGGCAACCAUGGACGUUCCAGUGUUCAGAGUUUCGCGAGGCAUUUUCGUGGACAAGCUGGAGGCGAUGAUGCAGGAGUUGAAGCAAAUUGUGGCCGAGCAAAACGCAGCGGCGAUUGCAGCGGAAGGCCCAGACGCGCCUCAGCAGCCCCCAGUGACGAUGAGUGUCCUUCUGGCGAAGGCGGUCGCUCUCACUCUGGAGAAGCAUCCGAUCAUGAACGCUGCAUAUAAUCCUACCGAUGGAGGGCACAUUCAGCACCCAGGAGCUGUGAACGUGGCAAUGGCGGUUUCGAUCGACGGAGGACUCCUAACCCCUGUUCUACGAGAUGCGAACAGGAAAUCUGUCUUUGAACUGUCGGCAGACUGGGCCGCACUCGUGGAUAAGGCGAGGAAGCGUCGCCUGACGGCGGAAGAAAACAGUGCAGGAACCUUCUACAUUAGCAAUCUGGGCAUGUUUGGUGUCAGCCAGUUCGACGCUGUCCUGCCUAAAGGAGUGGGAACAAUUAUGGCUGUGGGCGGAACAGAGUCGGUCCCCUUCUUCCCCAAGACUGGGGCGGAUUCAUCGGGGCUCAGUGUUCGCCGGCGCAUGACCGUUACUCUCACAGCCGAUCAUCGCCAUAUCUACGGAUCCCACGCGGCUGCCUUCCUCAAGGACUUUGCCUCCCUUCUGGAGACCCAUCCAUCGGCUUUGCUCAUCUAG